UCAGCACCAAGAGGCGAUGAAAGCAAGUCAAAACAUUAAACACCGGCAGGCUGGCUGUCAAAGGUCAGACAAAGAGAAAUGUGUCAGAGAAACAGCUGGGCCCAUCCGACGUCCUGCUGCCACCCAGUCGGUGAGCUUCGACGCUCUUUUGUUCCGGGAAACAAUGAAGUGCCGCCCCCGGUGGUCCAAAUGAGCGCAUCCCACUGUACGCAGCGUCUACGUGCUCUGGCUGCCGGAGCGCCGAGAACAACAACGCGCAGUCGGGACUGACUGAGGGAUGCUGCUGGGACCCGGUGGAUGAUGCGCCCCACGCUCCGCAGGAUUCACCGCCAUUACGUCAUUUCUUUCCCCCUCAUCACACUAGACGCGUUUGAUCGCCGUUAACCGGGAUUCCGGCCGUGUGGACCGAGGAGCGGAGGGCUAUCAAAGCACGCGAUGGCGACGGCGUUUCAAUGAGCUCAGCGGAGGGGAGGGGGAGAGCAGGAGAGACGUGCGCCGUCAUCAGCAUCUGUCCGCCAGCUCCCUUUGUUUUCACCGGAGAACGCGAAUGGCGAGAGAUGACAUGGCAGAGGUAGACUUGCCGUCAAGCGCAGCGGAGCCCCCCGGCGAAGCCUCCCCGGCCUUCCCCUACGAGGAGUACGAAUGCAAGAUCUGUUACAAUUACUUCGACCUUGACCGGAGGGCUCCGAAGAUCCUGGAAUGUUUGCACACGUUUUGCGAGGAGUGCCUGAACACGCUUCACCUCCGGGAGGAGCGGCCAUGGCGCAUCAGCUGCCCCGUGUGCCGCCACCGGACGCCCGUCCCGGACUACCGGAUCCAGAACCUGCCCAACAACACCAAGGUGACGGAGGACUUCCCGCUCUACAUCGACUCGGACCCCCUGCCGCAGGACGCGCUGCCGCCGUACCCCCCGCCGCUGCACCCGGCUCUCGUCGCCCUGCGCCGGGAGGAGGCGUCCGGCGCCAGCCAGGCGACCCCGUCCACCACGGUGUCCACGGCCACGACCCUCUCUCAGGACUCGGUGCGCUACGACAGCUGCCAAAGCUGCAAGAGGGUGGCGCUGACCACCGGCUGCGUGUGCGUGAUUUUCUCCUUCCUGUCCAUGCUGGUGCUGCUGUUCAUGGGCCUGAUCUUUGUGCACAGCCACAGCAUCCCGCCCUCCCCGGCCGGACCCAUCUGCCUGUCGGUGGCCAGCAUCCUGGCCAUGUUCUCGGUGGUCGUCACGUGGCUCAUCUGCUGGCUCAAAUACAGACCUGACCACGAGACGGGCCGCGCGUCCGCCACCAGUAACUCCAGGAGGAAUGCCUGAUUGGUUGCUGGCUCUGAUGUGCCGGUGCUCUGUGUGUGUGUAUGUGUGUGUGUGUGUGUGUGAGAGUGAGAGAGAGAUCGUGUACAUAGAAGCCUUCUGGCAACCGAUUCUCCUCCUCCCUUUACUUUUUUUUUAGGGAAUAAAUCUCGCCCAAAAUGGCCUUUUAGCAAACACCCAAAGGCCUUCAUGUUGUUUGGAGCAAUAUAGGCCACCUUGAUCCUGGAUAAUCUUUUCCUAAACAUAUGCACUUGACUUUGAGGUGGGAGCUGACUGUUGGUUGAUGAGUGAACUCCGUAUACUUUGACUCCCUUGUUGGGGCGUAUUUGAACAUGAAGUGCUUAGAUCUGGGUCUGAUACCCUUUCCCUCACCGUUUAGCUAUAUAAUAUGCAUUAACCCCCACUAUGUCACUCACUGUAUGAUAACUGUCCACGGUGAUCCACUCAUAUCUCCAAAAAAAAAAGCACCAGUGUUUUUGUACAGAUACGCUCACGUCUGAGUUUUGGUUGAAAGGGUUUGGCUUUGAUGGAGGCUUACUGUGUGUUUAUGCAGUGAAUCUUUAAAUCAGAUCUCAGCUAAGCCGUGUCCACAAUGGAAUCAUGUAAAUAGGUCACAAGAAUGGAGAACUGCUGGGUGACAUUUAGUGUGAUCCGCCUUUUUUUUUUUUUUAGAGACCUUCCUUUGUGCUUUACCUUUAUCUUGCAGGACAGCACUGUUUUUAACUGUCCACCUCUUCCAAGUAUAAAAGGAUACAAAGAGACAGCUUGUGAUUUUGAACCCGUGUUUUGCUACUCUUGUGCAUGUGAGGUCAUUCUAUUCCUCUCUUUACUUUAUAAUGAAAGAGACAGUUUGUCUCAUGACUUUUGUGCCUCACCGUGUUUCUAAAGUGAGUUAAACUUCACUUCUGUCAUAAUCAGAAUCAGGCAGCAUCUAAGCUUGGGUGUAAGUGAGGAUUCCCUUAUCUGCUCUCACCAUUUAUUCACACCGAAAGACAAAGACAGGGUUUCCCAAGGUAUAGCACCUUUUUUUGUAGGUAAGAUUAAUGUAAAAGCUUUUCCAUGUUGCUUUGGAGAAGGAGAGAAACGUGCAGGUGCAGCUGUUUCCAAGUUCCCCUCUCUGCUUCCUUCAAAGCCAUAAUUAAGGAUUCAAUCACCUUUACAGGUGCAGGGAAUAGGUUUUAAAUGGGUUAAUUUACUGUCAAGCUGGCCCAUUUGAGCUCCUCAUGAGUGAUGAUUAGGUCUGCUCACUCAAAGAGCCCAAUUAACUAUAAUCAUAAAACAAACUGAAUGAAACUGGUGUACUAUGUUGAAUAAAAUGUAUUGGAAUAGAGUUAAGAGACACUUAAAUGUGUAAAAUUGAGGCUUAGAAUGUUAGAAUGAAUUUCUUGCGUGAAAACUGAAAUUCCAGCCAUUUCAAAAAUGUGCUGAGAUCAUUUUGCUCUUCUGGUUUGUCAUUCUUGCUAAUAUGAAACAAACAAUACAAUUUAUCAUUUCUAUUAAGGCAUAGGACAUUACCAAAAUGGUAAUGCACAUUUCUAAUCCAUUCUAAGAUGACGUAAAAAUUCCCCUCAAUCCCGAAGGCUAAACUGUGAAGUUUACGAACAUAGACAGCCUUGGGGUUACGAAACUCAGCUUGGUAGCUGCUAUAAAUGCUUGUUGCUAAUCUAGAUAAAGAUGCAAUCUUUAAUUCUUGUUCCAGCACAAAAACUUCCUGAACCACAAGUCAACCGUCCUACACUGUUAGCUACUAAGUUGAUAUAGUCAUUCGUAAUUCAACACAUAUCAGCCUUACUGUUCUCUGCUUUAGAGAACGCAUAUGGCUUUUCAAAUUUUACCAGCAAAACUUUGGCAGAACUUUUUAAAAGUAGCUGUUAAUCAAUAUUUCUGAGCAGAAAUCCUAUGAUUGAAGAUGACGUUACUUAACUAAAUAAAUUAUAUUCUGACCAUUUAUUAAAAUCAUUUUGCUCAUCUUUCUUGGUCUCCAUGUGAACAAGAAGCUUAGCUAGUAAACAAAAAAAAGAAAAAAAAAAAGAAAAAAGAAACGGUUAGUGAAAUAGUAAUACAUUUUUUAAAUCAUUUAAAAUGUAUUCUAACAGAGUCCCAUGUAAACCUUUUCCAUUUCAACAGCUCAUUGUGCUGAGUCAACGCUAAGAUGUUCAGCUAGCUAGCUAGCUAGCUAGCUAGCAAGCCGAUCUUUAGCUUUAGCGGCAAAGCUAAACUAGUCAGAACUGAGUACCAACUUUAAUUCUUGCUCCAGCACAAAAACUGUCAUAACUGCAAGUCUUAUAACAAUCCUUAGCGUUUACUAAGCUGAUAUGUUCACUGACAACGCAACCCCUUAUCACUCUCAUCCUCUCGAUGCCACACCAGGUGAAGGAGAAUACUGGUUACCUGAAACAACACCUUCCAUUAAAAAUCAUCUUUUAAAUGACCAGGUAGGAUUUGUUACCAAAAUAAAGUAGCUAAUGUUGCUAGCAUUUUACCUUCACUGAACAUCACAUUUACAGACUAAUAUACUUGAUUAAACUUUAAGAGAGUUUUAUUGGCUAAUAUUUAAUACCCUCCAAACUUAUUUUUACAGUGUAUGGGGCUGAGGUUGGACAGAUCCAUUAAAAUCAUGGGUGUUGAAAGCUGGUGUUUUCCAGCAACUACACUAACACCCUGCAGAUGUUGGAAUAAAAAAACAUUUCCACCUUAAAUGUUUGCACUCUGGAAUACACGUCAGGUCUGCAUGGAAUACAGCAAAACCGACAGAAACCAGGAUCAGACGAUGUGAAAUGUGAGGGAAGUGGCUUAAAAUGGAGGGUGUACUGCUGUGACUGUACAGUUCUGUUGCUUCAGUCCUAAAUCUUUUGCAAAAAAAUUGUCAAUGCCUGUUAUGUCGUGAAUUGUAUUAGUCUCACACUGACAAAGGGUGUGAGCGUAUUGUUUUUCUCCAGAUCUUUUUCUUUAAAAGUGUCCCGGGCUGUAGUGAAGGGGGGGAAACAGCAAGCCCAGUUUACCGUGGCUAUUGAUGGUUAUUGAGCUUGAGCCCUGCCGAUCCGAUUGCUUCAAUCACCCUGCUCGACCUUUUCCCCAACACGUACGAUGCACUUUCGCCCUCUUAUUUGACACGAGUAAUGGGGUAAACCUUUGACCAAUGUAAGCAUAAUGUAUUUAUUUCCCAGGACCUAGAAAAACGUCGGUUUUUAAUGAGGCUCUGUGGUUGUUGUUCGAGUACCAAAUGUAUUUGCACAGAGAAAUGUUCUUUAUGUGCUGUUUUACAUGCAUAAACACAUUUCAGUAAUAAAGCAAACAUGCAUACCAGU